UCCCCAUGGCCAUGUCGCUGGUGGCGGCGUGCCGCAGCCUGGCGCUGUCAACAUGGCUGCUUUCCUUUUGUUUCGUGCAUCUGCUGUGCCUGGACUUCACCGUGGCCGAGAAGGAGGAGUGGUACACGGCCUUCGUGAACAUCACCUACACCGAGCCCGCGUCCCUGCCCGCCGCGCCCGGCAGCGGCGGCCGCCCGGAGCUGCGCAGCGAGAAGACCGAGUGCGGCCGCUACGGCGAGCACUCGCCCAAGCAGGACGCCCGCGGCGAGGUGGUGCUGGCCAGCUCGGCCCACGACCGCCUGGCCUGCGACCCCAACACCAAGUUCGCCGCGCCGGCCGGCGGCAAGCACUGGAUCGCGCUCAUCCCCAAGGGCAACUGCACCUACCGGGACAAGAUCCGCACCGCCUUCCUGCAGAACGCGUCGGCCGUGGUGAUCUUCAACGUGGGCUCCAGCACCAACGAGACCAUCACCAUGUCCCACGCAGGUGUAGAGGACAUCGUGGCCAUCAUGAUUCCUGAACCCAAAGGGAGGGAGCUGGUCAGCCUUCUGGACAGGAACGUUACGGUGACCAUGUACAUCACCAUUGGCACCCGCAACUUGCAGAAGUACGUGAGCCGCACCUCCGUGGUGUUCGUCUCCAUCUCCUUCAUCGUCCUCAUGAUCAUCUCCCUUGCCUGGCUGGUUUUUUAUUAUAUCCAGAGGUUCCGCUAUGCCAACGCCAGAGACAGGAACCAGCGCCGCCUGGGAGAUGCAGCCAAGAAAGCCAUCAGCAAGCUCCAAGUCAGGACCAUCAAGAAGGGGGACAAGGAGACAGAGCCUGACUUUGACAACUGCGCUGUCUGCAUUGAAGGGUAUAAGCCCAAUGACGUGGUGCGGAUCUUGCCCUGCCGGCACCUUUUCCACAAGUCCUGCGUUGACCCCUGGCUUCUAGACCACCGCACCUGCCCUAUGUGCAAGAUGAACAUUCUUAAAGCCCUAGGGAUCCCGCCCAAUGCCGACUGCAUGGACGACCUGCCCACCGACUUUGAGGGGUCCCUGGGAGGCCCCCCGACCAAUCAGAUCACAGGCGCCAGCGACACCACAGUGAAUGAAAGCUCUGUCACUUUGGACCCAGCUGUCCGGCCUGUGGGGGCCUUGCAGGUGGACCCAGACAGCGACCCCACUCCGCAAGAGGGAGAAGGUUUCAUCAGCGCCAACAGUGAGCAGGAGCCAGCUGUGAGCAGUGACUCCGACAUCUCCCUCAUCAUGGCCAUGGAGGUGGGUCUGUCUGAUGUGGAGCUCUCCACUGAUCCUGACUGUGAAGAGGUGAAAUCCUGAACCUACCAGGGCCCAACAGAAGGUGAUCGGACUCCAGGGCACAGGAAGGAGGAGCAUCCUAAGAUGGGGUCUGGGGCACAUUCAGCUCCAACACCCCUUGGCCACCCCAAUGCUCUGCUCUGGAAUGGUCCCCAAAAGCAAUAUCCAAAGUGGCAUCGGCCAAGCCUUCCUGGCCUGUGGUCCCUGCAGCUGGAGCCAGAAAAGCCUGUUUCCUUUCUACAGCCUCACAGGCCCACAGGAGUCCCUGUGUGUGAAGAGACUCUUUGCAGGGCCUUCCUUGUUGUCACUUUUUCCAUGUUUUGGUUGAGGGUUGUUGUUGGGUUUUUAGGGACGAUGAGUGGGAUGUCCCCAACAUCCCCCCACAAUUCACGCCAGCUUUGAACCCAUUUGGGUUUAAUCUCUGAGAUGAGCAGCCCAGCCCUCCCAGCACUGGAGGGAUGCAUGGCUUUGGGAAGUGCCUCAACCCCCC